AAGACAUCUGUCUUCUUUGGACAAAGUCACCAAAAAGAAGAAAAUUUAAAAAUAUUUUUUUAGGUUAUGAUUCAAUAUUUUUAAAAAUGUGCAAAUAAUUUAAUUUUAAAAUAUAAAAUAAUUUAUAUAUGAAAUAAUGUCGUCCAAAAUACCAAUUUUAUUUAGAAAUCUUCCCAAAACCGUUUACAUUCAAACAUCACAAUACUCCGUUGCUACAAAUAAAGUUAAGUUAAAAAACAAAGGUCCGCUACUUAUAAGUUGUAAACGAAAAGCAUUAGAUCAUUACGCCGAUAUGUAUUAUAAGAAAUUAGACGAGGUGCCUUUAGUUUCACGAGGAUGGACUCAUUUAAAAUCGAAAGGUGAUUAUUUCACAGUUCAUCCUAUGCCUAUCGAUGUCAUUGAAGAGAAAACUUACAAAUUCGAAGAGUUAGAUAUAAAUUCAAAUAUGUUUGAAGCACUGAAGAAAGAAGGUAUUAAAGAACUGACUGAAUUUCAAUAUAGAGCUAUUCAGCAAGUUAAACAAGGAUCGCACGUACUGCUAGCAGCCGAAACUGGCUGUGGAAAAACUCUAUCGUACCUUUUACCGAUAGUACAGAAUUUAAUCGACAACAAAGCCACGGAUGCAAACACCCCCAAAGCAGUCGUACUGGUUCCCAAUCGCGAACUUGCUCACCAAGUCGGUGAAGUAGCUCGAAUACUAGGAGAGAGCGUGGGGGUGAAAACGAAAGUCGUCGUUGGCGGGAAAACCAAAUCGAUAAUGAUGAAUGCCGUUUUUGAAGAUAUCGAUAUUUUGGUCGCUACACCGGGGGCUUUGGGGAAGUUGUCAACUGUCGGAAUCUAUAAAUUGCAUGAGGUAGAAUAUAUGGUUUUAGACGAAGCAGACACUCUAAUCGACGACAGCUUCGUAGACAGAAUGGAAAGUUUGAUAAAAAGAGUACCGAAAUCUCAAAUCAUAUUGGUUUCGGCUACUCUACCGAAAAAACUACCUCCGGUACUAACUCCAAUAGAACAAACGAUAAAACAAGUCGUAUCACCGAGAAUCCACAAACCGCAACUGAACAUAACCCAAAAGUUCCUCAGAUUGACGAAAUCUCAAAAACCCGCUCAAUUACUGGAACUGGCUAAGAACAACGCGCAUCCGAUGUUGAUUUUCACGAAUAAAAACGAAACGUGCAACUGGUUGGCGUUGUUUUUGCGGGAGAACGGAGUGAAUUGCGCUAAUAUCAACGGAGAUCAGAAUUUCGCCAUCAGGAUAGAUCAGUGGAAUAAAUUCGUUGCGGGUGAAGCGAAAAUAUUGUCUUCGACUGACGUUGGUAGUAGGGGUUUGAAUACGAUUCAAGUGAAACACGUGUUGAAUUACGAUUUUCCGAUGUACGCUGCUGAUUAUUUGCAUCGGAUUGGUAGAGUGGGGCGAUUGGGCAGUCCGGCUUCUUGUAGAGUAACUAAUUUCGUAGCUGGGUUUCCCGAAAUCAAAAUGGUUCAACAAAUCGAGCUUGCUAUUAGAAGAAACGAAGCUAUAGAAAAUGUAGACGGCAAUAUAACGAAUUUAGUUCAAAGAAAAAUUGCCAGAAGACAGAGAGAAGAAGCCGUGUAAAAAAAUUAUGUAAAUAUUUGUAAAAUAAAAUCAUUUUUUCUUUUAUAA